AUGCCUCUGAGUCCGGCUGCUGACACCAAACAUGAACGCCCGCGGCAACAAGCGGUUACAAACGGAAACCCAACAGGCUCUGCCGUUUCCAGGGACGACGACGGAGAUGACACGCCCUCCGGAAACAGCAUCGUCGUCCGCAUCGGCAUCCCGGACCUGCAGCAGACGAAGUGUUUGCGGUUGGACCCAGAGUUACCAGUUUGGACCAGUAAGCAGAGGGUUCUGGUGACGUUGACUCAGUCUCUGUCGGAUGUUUUGAACUAUGGUCUCUUCCAGCCGGCGUUCAACGGCCGAGCCGGAAAGUUUCUGGACGAGGAGCGGCUGCUGAAGGAGUAUCCUCUCCCUCCCAUCACGCCCAUCCCCUACCUGGAGUUUCGUUAUAAGCGGAGAGUUUACACGCAGAGCUACGUGGACGACAAACAGCUGGCCAAGCUACACACUAAGGCCAAUCUGAAGCGCUUCAUGGAACAUGUUCAUCAGAAGAACGUGGAGAAGGUCUCUAAGUGGUUGGAGAAAGGUCUGGACCCGAACUUCCACGACUCUGACACCGGGGAGUGUCCUCUGACUCUGGCCGUCCAGCUGGAGGAGAGCUGUGAUUUGAUUAAAGUGCUGCGCAGUGGAGGAGCUCACCUGGACUUCAGGACCAGGGACGGGAUCACGGCUCUGCACCGGGCCGUCCUCUGUAGGAACAGCACCUCCCUGACUACUCUGCUGGAUCUGGGAGCGUCUCCGGACUACAAAGACAGCCGGGGGCUGACUCCUCUCUAUCACUCUGCCAUGGUGGGCGGCGCCCCCUACUGCUGCGAGCUGCUGCUGCAGGACCACGCCACCAUCGGGAUAACGGACGAGAACGGCUGGCAGGAAAUCCACCAGGCAUGUCGCUUUGGUAACGUGCAGCACUUAGAACACCUGCUGUUCUACGGAGCCGACAUGAGUUCACAGAACGCUUCAGGAAACACGGCGCUGCACCUGUGUGCGCUCUACAACCAGGACAGCUGUGCCAGAGUUCUGCUGUUCAGAGGAGCAAAUAAAGACGUCAAAAACUACAACAACCAAACUGCCUUUCAGGUGGCCAUAAUUGCAGGAAACUUUGAUCUUGCAGAAAUCAUUAAGAUCCACAAAUCCUCAGACGUUGUUCCCUUUAGAGAAACUCCUUCCUACACAAAGCGCCGCCGAGUCGGCGUAAACAGGACUUCUGCUGGAAAUGGUCUGUCUUCUCCUCGCUCUCUGAUUCGCUCAGCGAGUGACAACGCUUUGGAAAGCCCCGCCUCCUCUCCUGGCCCCUCCCUCCAAAGCCUGGAAACGCAUCAUGACACACACACGCACUCGCUACGGCGACACACACGCCGCCUCAGCCCGAGCGGUGGAGGCCAUGUGGAAACCAGCCCCCCCUCCUCCCCUCCUCUGACACCUCAGAUGAGAAAGAGGAGACUGUACAGCGCCGUACCUGGACGCACCUUCAUCGCCACUCGAUCCCACGUCCCACAGGGGACGGGAGAGAUCCAGCUGCACCGCGGAGAGAGGGUCAAAGUUCUGUCCAUCGGUGAGGGAGGAUUCUGGGAGGGGAACGUCAAAGGAAGGACAGGAUGGUUUCCUGCUGAUUGUGUGGAAGAAGUUCAGAUGAGACAAUACGACCCUCGACUGGAAACCAGGGAGGACCGCACCAAGAGGCUGUUCAGACAUUAUACUGUGGGAUCAUAUGACAACUACACCUCCUACAGCGACUAUGUGAUCGAGGAGAAGACGGCCGUGCUUCAGAAGAGAGAGAGCGAGGGAUUCGGCUUUGUCCUCAGAGGAGCUAAAGCUGAGACCCCCAUUGAAGAGUUUGCCCCCACACCUGCGUUCCCAGCCCUGCAGUACCUGGAGUCUGUGGACCAGGGGGGCGUGGCAUGGCGGGCAGGGCUAAGGACCGGAGACUUCCUAAUAGAGGUGAACGGUACUGAUGUAGUGAAGGUGGGUCACCGGCAGGUGGUCUCUCUGAUCCGUCAGGGAGGAAGUCGGCUGCUGAUGAAGGUCGUCUCUGUUUCCAGGAAAUCUGAAACCAACCUGAUCAGAAAGAAAGCUCCACCCCCUCCGAAACGAGCCCCCAGCACCUCACUGACGCUCCGAUCCAAGUCCAUGACCGCUGACCUGGAGGAGAUAGAGAAACUGGACGAGAUGUUGGCCGGUCAGCAGGAGGUGGUUUUGAGGGCCCGUCCGGUGGAUGACUUCAGAGCGGCAACGGUGAAACAAAGACCGACGAGCCGGCGGAUCACACAGGCUGAGAUUAAUUCUUUGUUUGAGCGUCAGGGUCUUGUGCCUCCUUCGGUUCCAGAGAAGAGCACCAUGGCUUUACCCCGAGGAAUGUCCCGGACCAAGAGCUUUGGCACGCCUGAGGAUGACAGGAUCUCCGCUCUGAUCAAUGAGAGUCGGUUUCCUCGGAGCUCAUCGCUGACCGACAGCUUCAUCCCUCCUCCUCCUCAAACAGCUCCACCCCCUCCUCCGUCUGCCUCCUCCACCUCCUCCAUCUUUCUCCUUGACUCUGGCCCUCCUCCCUCCUUCCUCCCUCCCCCUCCCCCAGCGAGAGGGGAGGGGCUUACCCGCUCCAGCUUCAAACCAGGAGCUGAGCCGAGACUCCAGGAGCUCUCUGACACGCCGUCAAGAAGCCACGCCCACGCCGAGCGGCAGAGGAAGGCGAGGUCAAUGAUCAUCCUGCAGGACAUGCCGCCGCAGCUGCAAUCUGACGGUCACCCCGCCACGCACACGCUACACACUGCCACGCACACCGCCACGCACACGCUUCACACCGCCACACACACCUCCACCUUGUCCCUCCACAGCACUAGCCCCGCCCUCGGUCACUCACCACUGUCACGCCGCCGAGGAAGACCAAUAGAAAACCCUUAUGCUAAUGUGGGACAGCAGGCUCCGCCCUCCAAGCCCCAGAGGAGGAAGUCCCCUUUGUUGAAGCAGCUUCCUGUUGAAGAGCAGGGACUUGGAAUCAAAGAUCACGAUCCCACCAAAUUAGACAUACCCUGCAGCCCCAGCAGGGCGGAGCUGUACCAGCAGCAGGUUCUCUCAGAGCGGGCUCGGGUUCAGGGACGCAGGUCUUCUCUCUUCCUGUCCGUGGAAGGAUCUGGCUCAGAAAACCAAGUCCCGCCCCUCCUGACUCAGAGCCAUUCAAUGGACGACCUCGGAGAGCUUCCUCCACCGGCCCCAGUCCUGUCGCCCUCACCGACACCUCACACUUUCCUUCACCCGCUGACGGGGAAACCUCUGGACCCUUCAUCUCCGCUCGCCCUGGCCCUCGCUGCUCGAGAACGAGCACUCACUGCUCGCACGCCAAGUCCAGAGCCACGAAUGAAACAUGUUUCUGCAUCUACCACACCCAUCCCUACCCCAGCUGCUAGCCCAGAGGGUAGACACAAGCGCACUCCUAUUCCCACUCCGCAGAGCAGUCCUGAGCCCAGGUCCAAACGCACCACCCCGCAGACGAGCCCUGAGCAGCGAACCAAGCGCACCACUCCCCAGACUAGUCCUGAGCUGAGGCAUAAACGCAUCACCCCACCCUUAUUCCCCGAUGGACAGGUGGAGCGUCCAGAAACAGAGGGAGGAGUGACAUCACCUGCAGGUCCGUCCCCUGAGCGCUGGAGACCCACCCCUUUGCCCACCCUAGGCAGUGAGACUCACCCCUCACUGAUUGACAGGAGGCGGAGCCUCACAGUGGGCAGCUCUGAGGAGGAGGGCGGGACUUACACAGUUACUCUUCCUCCAGCUCUGCUGUCCUCCAGCGAUGAGGAGACCAGGGAGGAGCUGCGGAGAAUUGGCCUCGUAACUCCUCCUCCAGCCUUUGCCAGCCCUCCGGCCCCUCCUCCCCCAUCCUCCCUCACUUUGUUCUCACGGCGGGUCGGGGAGGGAGGCGGAGGAGAAGGUCCUGACUCCCUUGGUAGACGAGUCGAUGAAGAAGAAGGAGGUGAAGAAAGACUCAUUGAAAGCACAUCCCCCAGUUCGCUCCCUCCCUCCAUAACCUUGGCCUCACCCCCAGCUCCAUCCUCCCCCACCUCCCCUCCUGCUGCACAACCUUCCCCCUCUUCUCCUGCCACCUCUCCAAUCGCUCUCAAGCCACGCCUUCGUUCCCCUAUUGGCCGGGGCCGCUCUGCGCUCCGGGACCCUCUGCUAAAGCAAUCAUCAGACAGUGAGCUUCUCCCGUCUGCGGCGUCUUGUUCCUCCCCCUCCUCCCCCCUGUGUUCCUCCCCGACCAGCAGGCAGCCGCGCUACCUGUUCCAGAGGAGGUCAAAGCUGUGGGGCGGCGGGGAUGAUCGUGGGGAUGAGCGGCGAGGCCUCAGCCCCGAGGAAGGGGGAGGCCGCCCUGCAGCCCUGGGAGGUCAGGGGUCGGGGUCAGCUGUGGAUCUGUCUAACCGGUCGGCCUCAGCACUGGAGCUGAGCGGCAGGGCGGGGUCUGGUUUGGAUCUUGCUAAUCGGCUGCAGUUGCUCAACAAAGACAGUCACUCUCUCGGGGAGGAGCCGAGCCCCCUGGACCCGGGGCGGAGGUCACCAGUAGGAGGUGCCAGAUGUGUGGGCAGUGGAGAGAGUAAAUCGUUGUUCUCCAGUCUUGGAGAACUCCACACUAUUUCCCAGCGAGGAUUUGGGACCAGCUACACAGUCCGACCAGGAAGCCGCUACCCUGUCACCCGCCGGAGCCCUUCCCCUUCUCCCUCCCCGUCCGAAAGGCCGUUGGGGCACACUUCCUCUGGUUCUGAAAGGCCAGACUUGAGCUCGGGUCGAGGUCUAACCAUCCUGAAGUCGUCCAGUCUAAGUCUUCCCUCAGAACCGAAGGAAGUUCGUUUUGUGAUGCGAAGUGCCAGUGCAAGAACCAGGUCCCGUUCCCCCUCACCGUCACCUCACGCCUCUCCCUGCCCCUCCCCUGUCCUCAGCGGGCCCCUGUUGGCCCUUCGGCCAUGGAGGCAGCGGCCCCUCAACUUGUGGAAUAAAUAUGACGUAGGUGAUUGGCUGGAGAGCAUCGGCCUGGCCGAACACCGUCAGCGCUUCCAGGAGCACGAGAUCGAAGGCUCCCAUCUCCCCGCCCUCACCAAAGACGACUACGUGGAACUGGGCGUCACCAGAUUGGGACACCGUAUCAACAUCGAGAGGGCCCUUAGACAGCUGCUGGAUGGUCCCACUUGACCCCUCACCUCUGACCCCUAACCUCUAGGCAUCCUGAACUGUGACCUCAUAACACUAGGCCCUCUCUAGGAUAUCUCAGCACUGACUCUCUCUUUAGACCUUUUACCAACGUGGAGCUCUCCGAGUGCUCUUGGACAUUUUGGCCUAUCAGCUCUUUGAUCAGCCCAAACGUGCUCGUAGCUCCAAAGUAUAGAUCCGGUUUAAGGUUCUACUUUUGAUGUAGACCUCCAAAAUAUAAUUUGGCCUGUAUUCAUGUAGAUUCUUGUACCUUGGGUUCACACCAAAAGAGUCCGUUCGGGUUAUCUUGGUUGCUGCUCACAGAACUGCGUCUGGAUGCUGAUUCAGAUUCUACUUUACCUUAACUUACUUUAGAUCCAACAAGUGCACGGAAAAGGAACGUCCAUCGUUUCUAUAAACCUUCCACUGACCUUUGACCUUCAAACACAAAGAAACCUGUUUGACUUGAAAACAGAGUCUCUGUGCACAUCGCUCCUGAUGCUCAGUGAACCACGCCACAGGAAUACUGUGUGCUUUAAUAUCUGUCAUUGAAGCGUUAGCAUCAUUUUAAAAUCCAACAUUAACUCUGAUUUACCCAACAUGCAAAGUCCAUGUUGAUGGACAGACUGACAGAUAAAUACUCAGUGAAGUUUCCCGUCAGUCUGAGAAGCUGUUAGCGGCAACAGACGGUUAGCGCCUCACUGAUAACAGCUAGCUGUUAGCGCCUCACUGAUAACAGCUAGCUGCUAGCGCCCGAUCAAUACAAACAUACUGUAAUACGAGGUCACCAUGAAAUUAAAGAUUCCAGAAUAAAUGUUAUGAGCUAUGCUAAAGCUAGCUAGAUUAGAACAUGAUUAAGGUGGUCUAUAGCAUAACAUUAGCAUACCAAGCUAACUUGAGCUGGAUACAGAGCUGCUAAUCUUAGCGGGUGACGGGACAUGGAUCAAAGAGCUGAUCACUAACAUUAGACGGGUUCUUCUCCUCGUGCCGCUCUGCCUCCCCGGGGGAGUUUGGCGGGGGUUUGGCGAGCAGAUGGAUAAGCUAACUAACAUCAGGAGAUAGGCUGAGAGUGUUUCUCCGUCCUUUUCAAGAAUGUUCUUUUAUUUUCCAAAUAUGGCUCAUGAAGAAUUUGUGUUUAUUUCUUAAUACGGAUCAUUUAGGAUUUAUUAAUAAGAGUAAUAAUACUGUGGUGGUGAUGACUCUCAGAGUUUAUAAUAGUUCGGGUGAUGAUUUUGAGUUCCUUAUGAUUUGACGAUGAGUUGAGUUUCGAGCUCGUUUCAGUGAUGUUUUGGAAUUCAUAAUGAUUUGUCGAUGAGUGUGACUUUGUGCUGAUGUGCAGUGUGUUUCAGGGAGAGCUGCAGCAGAGCUCCAACUGUAACCUCUCUGGUUUCUAACCUGCUUAUCGAGGGCUUACUGUACAUGGUGCUAUCUGUUUAAAGCCAUCUGUACAGAA